AGGAGGAGGCAGUAGUGGAGGCUGAGGAGGAGGUGGCGUGCCGACUCAGCGCCCCCGUGAGUGGCCGAGCGCACGGAGACUCGGAGCCGGGGAGAAUCCCGCGGGGCGGAGCUCCGGAAAAAAGCGGAGGAGAGACUCUGAGAGCGGGAGGAGCGGGGAGGUGGAGAGGAUCUCAGAGUCGCUGUGCAGGAGAAGAGGUGAAGGCGUGGAGAGGACGGGCGUGGUGGCAUCACCCAGCACCCAUGGCGCACAGGGCCAUCUCGGACGUGAGGGUGCAGGACUUCCAGAAGCGCAGGGCGCCGAGCAAACACUACGUGUACAUAAUUUAUGUCAGCUGGUCUGACAACUCCUCCUACACCAUCUACAGGAGGUACAGCAAGUUCUUCGACUUGCAGAUGCAGCUUCUGGACAAGUUCCCUGUGCAGGGAGGGCAGAAGGACCCCAAGCAGCGCACCAUCCCCUUCCUGCCCGGCAAGAUCCUGUUCCGGAGGAGCCACAUCCGGGACGUGGCUGUGCGGAGGCUGAAGCCCAUAGAUGAGUACUGCAGGGCACUGGUGCAGCUGCCCGCGGAGAUAUCCCAGUGCGAGGACGUGCUCCACUUCUUUGAGGCUCGGGCAGAGGAUCUCAACCCCCCCAAAGAGGACGCUGGCUCCAAGAGGAAGCUAGGAUCCGAGGGCAUCGCGGAGGCCCUGGUGCUGGAGCAGUACGUGGUGGUGGCCGAGUACAAGAAGCAGCAGAACUCGGAGCUCAAUCUGGUGGCCGGGCAAGUGGUGGAAGUCAUCGAGAAGACCGAGACAGGCUGGUGGUUUGUGAGUGCCCAGGAGGAGCAGGGCUGGGUCCCCGCGACUUACCUGGAGCCCAGGGAUGGAUCCCAAGAUGACCUGCUCAUUCAGAACGCCAACCCGGGGGAAGAGGAACGCUACACGGUGGUGCACACGUACGCGGCGCAGGACGGUGACGAGCUGGAGCUGGACAAGGGGGCGCUCGUGGACGUGCUGCAGAAGAACCUGGAGGGGUGGUGGUUCGUUCGUUACCAAGGCAAGGAGGGCUGGGCCCCGGCCUCGUACCUGCGCAAAGUGAGGGAGGAGGGGCCGGGGGUCGGGGGUCGCAAGCCGCCGCUCGUCGCCAAGCGCAGCAGCGAGGAGGGGGCCCCCCCGUGGGGGGCCGGAGCCCCCGUGGGCGCGGAGAACGGAGCGGCAGCGCCCACCGUGGCGCGCAUCACCCCACAGAGAAGCAGCACGGAAUCUCCCAAACUACGACAGAGGCCCCCUCCGCGGCGAGACGUCACGCUGCCGCGUGGAGCGCAGCUGCCGAGCCUUCCGGAGCCGCCGGCCGUGGAGGCCGAGUACUACACCCUCGCCGAGUUCCAGUCCGGCAUCGCCGACGGCAUCACCUUCGGCGGCGGCCAGAACGUGGAGGUGAUCGAGAAGAACGCCAACGGCUGGUGGUACGUGCAGAUCGGCGACCAGGAGGGCUGGGCGCCCUCCUCCUACAUCGACAAGCGCAAACGCCCCAGCGCCGUCGCCCGCAAGCUCAGCAACGUCAGCCGACCGCGCGUCCCUCCGCCGGCGCCGCCGAGCCCCGGGGCGGAGGCCGCGCAGGGCGCCAGCGAGUACGACACGCCGGCGGUGGACGGCGCCGAGACGUCGGAGGCCGGCGAAGGGGGGGCGGGGGGGGGCCUUGUCGCCAGAGCCAAGAUGCAGCUCCGGGAAGUGAAGAGGGACGACCGCAAGAGCAGAGCUCUGAGCCCCACGCGACCCCCGCCGCCGAUUAAAACCAAGCAGGCGCCCGUGGCCGCUGCCGCCGCACCCUCGGCAGGAGCCGUCGAGAAGCCGGCGUUUCCCAGCGGGAAGAAGCCUGGGCCGCCCCUGCCGGACGGAAGGCUGGGCCGCAAGCCCAAGCCAGAGGAGUGGAAAAAGCCGGGAGCCGCGCCGGUGCCUGCGGAAGUGGGGGACGAGAGGGCGGCAAAUGCGGCGCCCUGCAACGGGUCACCAAAAUUGCCGCCCAGGCUGCCGCUUAAAUCGAAACUGGAGAAGUGCCCGACAAGCGCGGACACGGAGAAGGGCGGGGCCAGCGCGCCCGAAGUCGGCCUGCCCGUCAAGGCCUUGGUCGGGGACCUGAUGAAUGCUUUUGCAGGCUUCAAGCCGGCGGCACGGAACGAGGCAAACAAUCGGGAAUCUGAAGCAAAGAGUGAAACCAAAGCAAUUACGGGGCCCAACCACCCACCCAUCCGCCCCAAGCCGUCAGUGAAACCGCGGCCAGCGAUGCCCCCUUCUGUCGCCGCUAGCGCCGCCAAGCUCGAGGAAUCGCAGGGAAAUCAAAUAGACAUCGGAAAUCUGCGCAGUCACCUACGGCCCACUCGUCAACGCGGCAAGCCUUUGGCGGAUGGCGCCGAGUGCGAGGACGAGUCGGGGCCCAAGACGAGGACGGCCAAUGGCAACUCUGCUGCCCUGCCGGGAAAGGGCGCGGAGCCGGGCCACGGGGUGCCACUCGGCGCCAUGGGCGCCGAGGUCGAUGCGACGGAAGAAACCGUGUCCCCGGCGAGGCCCAAACGCCCACCACCGCCAAAGCGACCCACGGCUUCCGGGAACGGCGAAAACCGCGCCGACACGGCAGCCAAACCCACGGAUCGGUCGGCCGGCUUUUUGCCGAGGCCACCGGGAGCAAAACCAGGCCUCCCGGUCACGACCACCAAGCCCAGUGGGUCAUGCCCCGCCCCGCCCACCAAACCAAACCCAGCGAAGGCCUCCGGCCCCAAGGCAGUCUUCAGCGCGCCGGCAACAGCAGCGGGCAAAAAUGUGCUUCGGGCCUUUGGCCGGGAAGGUGACGGCGGUGGCGGCGGUGGCGGCGGUGCGGACGGCGACGCCUGUCGCGAGGGGGAGGUGUACGUCGCCGUGGGCGACUACGCGGGAGACGACGACUCGCUGGCGGUGGGGGAGGGCGCGGCGCUCCGCGUGCUGGAAAAGGACGCCAACGGCUGGUGGUUCUGCCAGCUGACGGGCGGCCAGCAGGCGCAGGGCUGGGUCCCGUCCAAUUUCCUGCGCAAGCAGUGACAUCCCAGCGACACGUCCUCUGGCGCGGCGUAAAGAAUAAUGCGGCCAGUUCAAGAGCCUCUAUAAACAGCUCGGGGGAAAUAUUCCGGCACCUCCUGGGACUCGAAUAUUUACCGACAAAAGCCAAAACAGAGGACCAUUACAAUGCCCACACAGCUGCACCAUAGCAUCUUCGACACACCGCACCGACACGACCCGCACUGCACAAACACAACUCCUUCAUGAAUACCGAAUUGGCGGUCUCCCAAGUGUUCACAUGGCACUGUCAAUCCAACGAUUCCCACAGAUCCCGACAUCACAUCAGCUCCUCUUGUAACCACAGUUCCUUCAUCGGCCUCACCUCCUUUCCAAAUCAAUGUCAGAGCACCUCUCUCUCUGUGCUGAUUAAAUAAGCGAUCGGUUGGCCACUGCAACAUCAUCAUCUUGGGGAGACUCAGUGCUUCCAUCUUUAAUUGAUCAAACUGAUAGUCCACCCUAAACUGCCAAUUCGGUGGCAGAUUAUAGAAAUCCCCAUCGGCUUUCCGUGUAGCCGAACAUUCCUAUGACAUCACUCGUGCAUUACGGAUGAUGUCAGCAUGCAUAUUGUUCCAGCAAUCUCUACUAAACAUCUUCAGUCUUCACGAUGGAUGUUCUCCUCAUCUCGUGUGUGGGUCUAUAAACCCCCGUGAGGGCUCCCAGUACAGCUCAACGGUCCGCAGCCAUCCCUGGCAAGGCGCCGUGGUGGUAGCCAGAGAGGCAACUCGCACACGGUGCCCUCGUCCUGUUGAGCGCCGUCGCCACGUCCACCACCGCCGUCCACCACCGUCCACCUACACCUCCACCACCUCCACCACCGUCCACCUCCACCACCACCACCUCCACCACCGUCCACCUCC